AUGGCUGCUCGACGACGAAAACUGAAAACCACCAAGUUUCCGGCACCAGCGGGUCCUCCGAGGCGUAUUCGUGCGCUUGAAAUCGAAGAUAUAGUCGAGAACAUCGUGGACCAUGCUUUUUCAGACAGACAAGACGAGAAUGGGGUCUACAAUGAUGAAGCCCUUCCCAAGCGGUUUAUUGGCUUCGCACUGGUCAACCGCUCCUUUGUCAAUCCCAUUCGGCGCUGUCUUUACGGUGACCUCACUCUAGAGGGCCCUGAACGCUUUCUGCUACUCACCGGCCAAUUGCGCUUCUCCCCACACCUUGCGAAAUUCGUCAAACGGGCAUCGUUGCGGUCUGCCUGCCAGGCACGAGAGUUGGACGACACCCUGCCACACUACAUGCAGGCGCCAGAUCAAGACCAGCCGCGUCCAAUGAGCACCCUCGCGCUGAAAUGGUUUCUCGAUGCGUGUCCUCAGCUCACCAGACUGAGCUUAUUUGGCGGCGACUUCAUCUCGGCGUUGGCCAGACAAAAGGCUGAAGACGUCCGCCUCACUCAUGUCAAUCUCUCCGGCUGCUUUCGGUGUAGACAAGGUGGCUGCUGGGACGCGCUGAACGGAGGAUGGCUACGCUCUAUUCUGGCUUUCCCGAGACUCGUCGAAAUCGAUGUAGACCAUAUCGACUUUGGUGGCGGUGACGAUGAUCCGAUCAUUGGCGGCCAUCUUCCCAAUGCUCGCACUCCAAGUUCAGUCGCAACGGAGCUUUCCCUGGGCGUCUUACAACGGGAAGUGGUUGCGCGGAGCUUGAUAGCUAUAUUGCGCCUAAUGCCGCGGGUAAAAGAGCUUGUUCUCGAUGGUCUUACCACCAUGACAUCAGCCGAAUUGAAGAAAUGCAUCGACAUCGCUGCACCGACACUCACCCUUCUCUCGAUCAAUGGCUACGCUAACCUACGUCCCACGCCUAUGCAUCUGAACGACGCCUUCUUUGCCAACUGUAGACGCCUUGAGCAGCUUGCGUUGAACGAUGUGAGCAUAUUGCCGUCCGUGCUGAACGCGCUUCCUCGAGCCCUCCGGCUGUUGCGCCUCUCGAAAGCCGCAGUCCAGUCCCUUUCAGCGGAUUUUAUCAUCAAAUGGUUGAAAGCAAACCCCUUCCCGUUGCCUGGGCUAAAGGAACUCUUCAUCUUUGGUGACCUUCAAGUUCCGUCGACUGCGGAACAGACAGAGGAGAUCAAGCGGCUUUGCAAGCAGAAGAACAUUGACCUAACCUUCCGCAAAGAAUGGUUCUCAUUUGAUGAUUUUGAUGCGGGAGAGCUGACUCAGAACUGGGAGGGUGGCGAGAGUGAUGAUGAAGUUGGGUUAAAUGUACAUCCAGACUUCCGUUUCUGA